AUGUGCCCUCACCGAUCCCUUCCUGGACCCGAGGGAGAUCUACCUGAGGGAAUUGUUUCAUGCCAAUAGGUUUCUGCACAUACCUUGCGGAAGGCACUUGGGAUUUACCGAAGAAACAUGGACAUGUCGACAUUAAUAGAUCGUGGAAUGUGGAAGUUGCAAGAGGAAGUGGAAGCUGCCCUUAGGGACCAGGUGGAGUCAAGAUUGACAUCUGACCUCACUGAAGAGGAGGUGACACAGAUUACCAUAGAGGCUUGGGCAACUUUCUACUCGCAUACACUUCAGUACCAUCAGGUUGGCCACAAGCCAGUUGGUGUGAUUGGUGUAGGGGCAGACCACUUGGUUGGAAUUGUCAGAAAGCAGGUGGUAUCAUGGGUGCGGCCAAUGGAUGCCCUAGAGGUGGUUGCUUUGGCCCCAGUGGAAAGUUUGAAUGUGGCAAGUCUGGAUGGAGUGCUGAGUGAAGACACUGUGGUGAGCACUGCUGUUGUGGCUCUAGCAAAGCCUUUGCACCUGGUAAGACAGAUGGUACCCUCUGAGGUAGCAGCUGCAUUUACUCUGGACUUGUACCACCUUCAACCUCCUGAUCAAGUUGGCAAUUCCAUUACUACAUCACUUCUUGCAGAUAAUGCUACCCUGGCCACCAGCUUAGCUCAACAGCUAGCAAGUGUUUCAGGUUUAGUACCAGGAUUAUGGGCAUAUUUGCAUGCUUUACAGUUAGACAUGGGAAUGCCUGAUGCCCUAACACUAGAAAAUGGAAGUCUAUGUGUGCCCGAGACACUGUCUGGUGUUCUUUGUGGACAUGCAGGAGCUGCUAUAGUUAGUGCUGUUGUGGCUCAGAUUGCAAAAGGAAGGCUAGAACUUUGCAGGGACUUGCUGUUGCUCCAACAGGUGGCACUUCAACUAGGCCACCAGUGCCGUCUGACACCAGAAGCCUCAGCUCAGUUACGGUCAACAUUGCUCCCAAAGACUACACUUCUCACUCAGGCAUACUUUGCAUUGUUGCAUGUAUCAACCACAGCAGCGAUUCAUCCCAGCCAAGGAACUGUGGAAGUAGCCAAGCGACAGUUAGCGGCUCUCUCCCUGAACGACGGUCCCAGUGGUAUCCAAAUGCCACCGAAUCCUGGCCGUCCAGCCACUGUCCUUGAACUGUACUUCCUUGGCAGUGGAGGGGACCAAGCACGUUCCCUCAUAGCUCCUUCUGUUGGAGGGGCUUCAGAAGGUGCCAGUAGUAAUGUUGAUGGUGGCUGGGCACAGCUCUUGAUGCCAUUGUCAACCACAUUAGCUCAGCUGGCAUGGCCCAUAAGUCGUUGCCUCAUGUUGGUUGAAUGGCUGGUAUGGGGUGGGCAACAUGGAGCUGUUCAAGAGUAUGUCAGGCUUCUCCAGCCAUGGUGUGAAUGGAACAGCUGUUCAAGGAAGUUUCUGUUGGGUGUUGCACUACUAAACCAAGGAGAGGCUACAAAAGCUGCACAGUUGCUUGUGGCAGCCAUGGAAGGGGUUGUAACAGAAGAUUACUUAGGUGUGAAAGUAGCAGGUGGAGCAGUUGACACCCCUGCAGACCAGCUACGAGUCAUGUACUGCUUGCGUGUGAUUCGUUUGCUGGAGCAGAGUGGACAGCCUGCACUUGCUCUCCAAGUGGCCCAAGAGGGUGUUGCUAUGGCCUCCUGUGAUCAUCCAUCCAUGUCUGCACUUUAUUCUGUCAUUUUUAAGCAUCACCUCGAGUUACAGCACCACGAUGAAGCAUUUACAGCCCUGUUAGCCUGCCCUGAUCAACAUCGCAGAAGAAACUGUCUGCGUCAGCUCAUUGUUUCACUUCAUGAACGCAAAUGCCUAACCACCUUAGUCAACUACCAGUAUGGCAGUCUUGAGGCAGAUGUUAUUAACAUCCUGGAGAGUCGGGCUCGAUCAGCUGACAUACUUGUUAACAAUUAUUAUGAUCUCCUGUAUGCCUUCCACAUCUCCAAGCACAACUACAAAAAAGCUGCGAGUGUCAUGUAUGAAUGUGCUCUGCGGCUGAAUAUUGAGGGAGUUGGGGAGAAGGGACUCCAACAGCAGGCAAAGUGUUAUCUUGCUUGCCUCAACUGCCUCCGUCAUAUUCCACCUCAGCAAGCAUGGAUUAUCAAACCGCUACCAAAGUCAGGAGAGGACGAAGGUGAUCAAGAAAUGGCCCACCGAAAGUCGAAUUCUAUUAGUCCCAAGCGAAGCAGCGAUGGAGAGUCAGUAGCACCCCCACUCAGUCGCCGUCGCCCACAAGUCAAGGUUUUAGAGUUGCCACACAUUGAGAGAGAGUAUGAGUUAGUGCAUGCCAGGCUCAAGAUUGUCAAGACACAGCCUGAUGCCACAGCAUCAGGUGGCCCACUUAGUUCAGCAGACACCAUUAGUUUGCUAACCCAUGGCAGGCUUUUCACUGAGGCAGUACGACUUGCAAGACUUUUUGAACAACCCAUUGCUCCUAUCCUUCAAGGAUUAGCCCACACAUGCAUACAUCCUCAGAAUACUCUUAGUAAAGCCAACACACAAGAUGAGAAUGGAAUUUUAAGGGAAAGUGAAGAAGCACAGAUGUGGUGGAACCUUCUCAGGGAGUUGGUGGAAGGAGAGGAACAGUCAAAUCAAACGGUUCUUCACCAUGCUGUGACAUCUGUGCUCCUCCAACACUCAACCACUUUGCCCACUUGGCUAGUCAACUCUUACAUGGUACGAAAUUGUGGCGAGCUUCUAAGGUUGUACGUUGGCCACGGCCUCUUAGAAGAAGCAGUAAAACUUGCUUGCCAGUACAUUGACGGUGUUUUAGGUCAUGGAACAGAACAGGUUGGUUUGCCAAAUGCUUUGCAUGCAGGUGCUGCUCCAGUGUGGCUUCCAUAUACAGCCCUUGAUAAACUGCUGUUAGAACUGCGGGAAGUGCAGCAGGACAUACACUUUGCAAAGUUGUCAGCAGAGUUGAAUGAUCGCCUAAAGAAGUACAACCAGGAGCUUGAGAGUGUUUCACAGAAUCGCAUUAUCUUGCUUCAGGGAUAAUUGAGAUUAACAGCAAGAGUGAUUUUUGUAAUAGGAUUAUUUCAACCAAAGUUGUAAUAGAAGGGCUUCUUUAUGUGGAUGAAGCAAAUAAAUAUUUCCCUUAAUUUCUGAAGAUUGUAUGGAAUCAGAGUUGCACUUACAAUGUGUCAGUGUGAUAAUAUAAUUUUUUUAGGAUUACGAAGCAAAUCAUUUGACUUUUGUUAUUUUUUAAUAAAGAUGCUUAUAUA